CUUGUCAGGUCGGGGUGGGUUGAGUCACAGUCACUCAAUAUCACAAUAACCUAGAAGAAACGCAAAAAAUUAAAUAAACGAUAAGAUCACCAUGGCUAAACCUGUAGAUUUAGAGCUAAAAAAAGCAUUUGUUGAAUUACAAGUCAAAAUGGUUGAAACAAGCAAGAAAAUACAGGUGAUAGACUCUCAAAUUAGUGUAUUGAACCGCAUCUUGCAGCACGUAGACAUAACUCAACGUGAAAUUAGUACCAUGCCUCCUGAUACGAAGACUUAUGAGUCCGUGGGCCGAAUGUUCUUACUUACUGACUUUGAAGAAGUUAAAGCAAAUUUGAAAAAUCGAGAGGCGCAAGUGAAAACGCGUACUAAAGAAUUGGAUAACAAUAAACAGUACCUGGAAAAAAACUUGAAAGAAAGUGAAGACAAUAUCAGGGAAAUGGUACAACAGAGGAAGGAACAGACUGAAAUAAAAUCUUAACAAAUUUUGUUUUUGUAAUGUGGCUUCACUUCUGUUAUUAAGCCCACAAAAAGCAUCUCAUUAAUUAAUUUCACAAGUUUAAAGAUUUUUAACUCCAUGUAUUGGAUUGUAACUUCAACAGUGUUGCAUUGUAUUAGAGAUGAGGCAAAUUCAUGAAUUUAUUGUAACAAAUUAUGCUUGCUUUGUACCAAGUUUAUUAAAGAUAUAAUAACUU